AAGGUGAUUGAAGGAGAUGACGUCAUACACAGCCCAUUUCGUCCUACCCGCAUCGCACACUUCAACAAGACAACACUUCACUCUUGACCAUCCACCAAAAGAAAACUUGACAAAGAACUAUUAUGACUUCACACAGUCUCGACCAACGACCGAAUACCGCAACAUCCACCAACGAACCACCCUGCCAACAUGCUCCCAGGUUCGGUCAACCAAUCUCGUUAGGAUCCACUAUCUCGCCUGAAGAUUAUAGGAAACGUAGAGUCGCUUUGAUCACUGGCAUUACCGGACAAGAUGGAUCUUACCUCACAGAACUCUUACUCGACAAAGGCUAUGAAGUCCACGGCCUUAUCCGACGUUCAUCGAGCUUCAACACGGGCAGGAUCGAACAUCUUUAUAAAGAUGUACACGAACGUCCCAAGAUGGUAUUACAUUAUGGUGAUCUGACCGAUACCACCAACCUAGUCUAUAUCAUCUCACAAACCCAGCCCACUGAGGUCUACAAUCUCGCCGCCCAAUCUCACGUCAAGGUCUCCUUUGAUAUGGCCGAAUAUACCGGCGAUGUCGAUGGAUUGGGCACCCUGAGAUUAUUGGACGCCAUCCGAACCUGCGGGCUUACUAAACACGUCCGCUUCUAUCAGGCCUCCACUUCCGAACUUUAUGGGAAAGUCGCCGAAACUCCGCAGACUGAAUCUACCCCUUUCUAUCCUCGAAGCCCUUAUGGCGUCGCCAAAUUAUACGCCUAUUGGAUCGUCAAAAACUACAGGGAAAGUUAUGACAUGUUUGCCUGUAAUGGGAUUCUUUUCAAUCACGAGUCGCCUAGAAGAGGACGAACGUUCGUGACUCGAAAGAUUAGUCGAGCCGUUGCUGAGAUCAGUCUUGGACAACAAGAAUGUCUUUAUCUUGGAAACCUUUCGGCCAAGCGAGAUUGGGGACAUGCCAAGGACUACGUAGAAGGGAUGUGGAAGAUGUUACAACAAGAUAAACCAGAUGACUUUGUGCUCGCCACCGGUGAAACUCAUUCAGUUAGGGAAUUUGUUGAAAAAUCUUUCGCAGUUGUAAAUAUUGUGAUCAAGUGGCAAGGUGAACUUGACAGUGUAAAUGAGAUUGGGAUGAACGCCGAGACCGGAAAAGUGGUAGUCCGAGUUGAUCCUAUGUAUUUCAGACCGGCUGAAGUAGAAUUACUUCAUGGAAUGCCAAAGAAAGCGGAAAGUCUACUUGGCUGGAAAAGGACAGUGGAUUUCGAUAGUCUUGUUCGUGAGAUGGUUGAGGCUGAUUUGGUAGGAGCUCGGGCAGCAGAUCAUAAUUGAAUUGGUUACAAUAUUGUCAUUCAAGGAACCAGGAAAACGAAAAUUCGAUUUCACUUGUAUUUACUUAACAUAAUAGAUAGACUCUUGACUUAGAUCUUCAACAUGGACUGCAUUCAAAUUGUGUCAUCCUUAACAUUUGGAGAGUAUUAUUAUUUUCUUUCGAUUGUCUUUUUUUUCCUACUUCAUAUCUUUCUCACACACUGACACUUUCAGUUCGCAUCAAAGGCUUGAUCUUAACGCUUUCCCCCCCUCCCCCCGGCUUUGUUGUUUGUAUGAUUUUGAUGGCAGGAUAACAUUGUUAAUUGUGUUUUGUGGAUCUUUUUGUUUUGGUUUUUUCAAUUAAACCAAGUCUUAUUUGUUCUUUCUGAGAUGUACAUAAGCAGUAAUUAAAGCAUAUACAUUAUGAUCAAGCUGUAUUUCGAUGUAAAUGCGUUCAGUGCUGAUGACUUUGUUGGACAAAGAAAAUGGGUUGCUAGGAG